UUGCCGCCGCAUCGUGCGUCUUACGUCAUGACGCAGGACUGAAAGGGUUUUCUCCCCCUGUUCUGCUUUGAAGUCUGUCGCCUUCUUCCUCUUGCCGACGCUCAGGACACACCUCAGCCUUUACACAAACAUGUCUGAUUUUUCGGAAGAUCAAAUCCUUGAGUACAAGGAGGCCUUCCUGCUGUUUGACAAGACAGGAGCUGGCAAGAUCAGUUUCAGCCAAUGUGGGGACGUAAUGCGGGCCCUGGGACAGAACCCUGUCAACGCUGAGGUGCUCAAGGUCCUGGGCAACCCCAAGGCUGAUGAGAUGAACAUGAAAAUGCUCGACUUUGAGCAGUUCCUGCCCAUGUUCCAGGCCGUCGCUAAGAAUAAAGAUCAGGGAUCCAUGGAGGAUUUUGUAGAGGGACUGCGUGUCUUUGACAAAGAGGGUAAUGGUACAGUAAUGGGGGCAGAGCUGCGUCACGUUCUUACCACACUAGGUGAGAAAAUGACAGAGGAAGAGGUGGAGACGCUCUUGGCAGGACAUGAAGACACGAACGGCUGCAUCAAUUAUGAAGCAUUUGUUCGCCACAUCAUGUCCGGCUGAAGGCUGAGCUGGUCAGGAUGGUGAUGAACGGUUGAAGAUGAACAUCAUCCUCACUCUUUUUUUAUAUGUACCUUGUCACAUAUACCUUCCUAUUGCAGUUGGUCUACACAGUGUUGGCCAUAUCAUUCAUUUUCCAUUAAUUUGUUUUUUUUCUUCACAUUUAAUUUAAGUGCCUUUUACAUUCCCUACUAAAGACCACAGAAGAUCUGGCUAAUGCUCCCCACUUAUGUUGUUUGCAUUCAAAUAAAUAUAUUCCCUGACAA